AUGGCGAACAAGUUUGGAUUAGGUUCUUUACCUUUAGAUACUAAAAAAUCCAACACAACAGCAUGGAUAAAUAAAGCAAAACCUUACUUUGUAGAUCAAAUUGGAGAUUCCUUACAAGGUGAUAUUGAUAUGAAUAAUUUUUCCAUAACUGAUUUAAAGUUACCAGAAAAUGACAAUGAUGCUGUUCACAAGAAAUAUUUAAUGGAGCAAUUAAAUUUAAUUGAAGUAGAUAAAGACCAUUUAAAAGAAAGGAUAAAUGAUGUGAAAAGAUUUUUUAAACGACAAAUAAAUAAUAAAAAAUUUAUUGAUGAAAGUAAACUGAAAAAAUUAGAUUAUAUUGAUGAUACUAAAUUACAACAAGAAGUAACAAGUUUAAAAAAUUUUAUUCAACAACAAUUAGUCAAUGUAGUAGAUAAAACUCAGUUACAAAAUUUAAGUUCAUUAAUAUCUAAUUUAGAUGAUAAGAUUACAAAGCAAAAAAUAGAUCUUAAACAACUAAUAGCCAAUAUUAAUCCAGGUAUAAGUGAAGACAAAUUAACCGCAUUAGAAAGUAAACUUAGUGAUGAUAGUGAAAUACAAAAACAAAUAGUCGCUAUUCAACAACAAUUAAUCAAUGUAGUAGAUAAAACUCAGUUACAAAAUUUAAGUUCAUUAAUAUCUAAUUUAGAUGAUAAGAUUAAAAAGCAAAAAAAAACAACUAAUAGAUAA